CAUAUCUAAUAUUCGUUGGUGUAGUUUCGUUGCAUCGCAACAGGCUGGACAGUUGGAUCAAGCAUCCCAUCAUUAUCUGAUCGGAGAAACUGAGAGCGCUGUGUCAAAUGAUUGAUGUCAUGGCAAGAACGUGCCGUCAUCUGGAGGUUCCUGUUCUUCUUCUAUUCAUAUUGGUGCUUCGGCCGACUGUGUUUUCCGGGGAGUAUGUUAACUUCCUCUAUUCUGACCAUCUGAAUGGUCGGUUGUGCAGCCAGGGGAUCAGGGGUGAAGUAGCGGAUGUGACCAUAUUGGACUGUACCCGAGCGUGUGCCACCGACCGUCUCUGUAUCUCCUUCAUCUACGACGAUACCACAAGCACCUGUCAUUUGUACAACCAAGCUCUGAACCUCACCAGCAACUGCACCAUUCAUGCCGAUCACUAUUUCUCUUAUUAUUUCAAACUGGUUCAUGCUAAGGCGUCUACUGAAGUGAUCCGUGCCGUGUCUUCAGAGGAGUCAGGAAGCAGUUGGGAAGAGGAUGCUGGGGGUGGAGAGGAUGACAAGUAAUACAGAAACAUAAUGCCACAUUUCAUGCUGCUCUUUCUGUUCUGGUUCUCCGAUAAGAACACUGAUAACUGCUGAUUGAUGAAGGGUCAUGCCAAGUGUAUUGGCCAGAUGACCAUACCUAAACAUGUUGGUAAAUUCUCUCUGGCACGUGGUACAUCCAUAACUGUAGAUAAGACUAACGGCGGAAAGUGAUGUUGUUUAAAAUAAGUUUUUAAAGUCCUACAAACAGUUGGAGGGUUUUCCUAAUGUGGACAUUAUAAAUUACAGGCUAUUAUGUUGUCAUUGAAUGGUAUGGUUGUAUGACCUAUACCUGGUCGACGCCACUAUAAAGUGUUACUCACUGGUCAACUAAUCAAAUUAAUUACAACGGCUACGGUAAUUCAGGUAUUGGUAGUGGAUUCCGUAUGUUACCUUGGGAAGGCCGACCCGCCAUGUGAGGCACAUAGAACUGACAAAAUGUGCAUCUUCAAAGCUUUUGGUCUGUUAGAGAGGUAGAGUUUGUGACACAACAGCUCAAGAUAUUCAUGUUCGUCAAAUUGAUAUCCGGGCUAAACGGCAAAUGUACACAAUAAAAUCAAUCCAUCGUAUGUCGGUAUAUAAACAUAUUGUCAUGUGUCA